AUUGAGAAGGAGCCGAGAAAACUAAAACGCCUAUUGUUCCAUCUCUUCGUCUCUCCUUCCUUCUCUCUCUCACGGUCUCUCCUAGUUCCAUGGCAUGCUUUGGGGCUAUGUUUAAGUAUGAAAGCAGCAACAACAGAGGAAUCAACCGUUACUAUGGGUGAGGAGAGACGGAAGACGAGACUCGCCGAGUCAAGCCAAGCCCAGCAUUCGGUUCCUUAAAACCAAAGCAAGGUAGAAGAUUUAUCCAUGCUGAAUAUAUUUCCCUGAACAUGGGCUAAUUGGAGAUAUCUGUUGAAUUGGUGAAGGGGGUUUAACCAAAGUAACGAAUGGCGCAAAAGGGGGUUUUCUCUGAGUACAUUAUCGUCCAUCAAGUUAUGCAUAGGUCAACUCAAGGAACUGUUGUGAGGCAGUUAAAGUUUGCUACAGUAUCUUGGUGGAGCUAAACACAAAUGCCUCUUCUCAAUCGAGGUAAUCUAAAUUACCUCUCUGAAAUGUCCCAUCUUUAAGUCCAUGUCCCUGUCCCUGUCCCUGUCCAUGAUGGUAGAAUGAUAACAAAUGCCUAGGGUUGGUCCUCUCUGAAUGUCACUGUCCCUAAUGAAAACGAGAUUGUCCCCGGUUCUAUAAUAUCUCGGGUUCCUAGUCACCGAGCUGAAACAAAUGCCUCGUGCUGCUAAGGUAAUUUUAAUUACCUCUCUUAAGGUCCAUGUCUCUAUCCCUGAUGGUAGAAUGAUAACAAAUGCCUCUCUGAAUGUCCCAUCUUAAAGUCCCUGUCCCUGGCCAUGAUGGUAGAAUGAUAACAAAUGCCUCGGGUUGCUCGAGGUAAUCUAAAUUACCUCUCUGAAUGUCCCUCUCCCUGUCCAUGUCCCUGAUGGUAGUAUGAAAACAAAUGCCUCGUGUUGAUUGAGGUAAUCAAAAUUACCUCUUUGAAUGUCCAUGUCCCUGUCCCUGAUGGUAGAAUGAAAACAAAUGCCUCGUGUUGGUCCCUGUCCCUAAUGAAAAUGACUGUCCCAGUUCUGUGUAGAUUCUCGUGUUCCUAGUAACCGAGCUGAAAAAAUGCCUCAUGUUGGUUCAGGUAAUUUAAAUUACCUCUCUGAAUGUCCCUGAUGGUAGGCUCUGCAGUCCCAGCUUCUUAAAUACUCGGGUUCCUAGUCACCCAAUGUAAAAACAAAUGCCUCGUCUAUGAAAUAGCUUGAGAUCCUAGUCACUCAAGCCAAAAAAAAUGUCCUUAUGGUAAAACGCAAGUGAGGGUUCCUAGUCACCAGAGCGAAAAGAACAAAUGCCUCGACUCGGUAUGAGAUCCUUGUUGCUCAUGCAACUGGGAUUUCCAUUAGUGUGGGGGUUUCGCCAUCUAACCCAAAAACAAAUGCCCCCGUAUGAGAUUGAGGGUUCCUAGUCACCUGAGUGAAAAGAACAAAUGCCUCGACUCGGUAUGAGAUCCUAGUUGCUCAUGCAAUUGGGAUUUUGCAUUAGUUUGGGGGGUUUAGUCAUCUAACCCAAAAACAAAUGCCUCCACGCGGUAUGAGAAUGAGAUAUCUCGUUAGAAAUACUUAUGCCGAAAGUGAACUCCUAAAUUACGCAAAUCAGGCUGUUGUUCCUCGGUUUCCAAAGAUCAUCAUCAGGUUAUUUUCAGGGUAGACUCUUCGGUUUAUAUUCUUCCUCAUAUUCCCAUUUUAAGAAUUGGAAUCAGGCUGUUAAAAUUAUGCAUAUUGCCUUUGCUUAAACUUGUCUCUAGUUCAAUUAGAAAGUAGAUCAUUCUAUAAGUUGUUACUGUUACUAUAAAAAGAUAGUAAAUCACUUGAUAAUUAUAACUCCUUUUCUAAUCUUUGUGCUCAUAUAAUUAUAGAGCAGAUUGUUAAGUUCUAACACUUUUUUAACUUGCUAACUGAUAGUUUUGUUUGUCAAAAUUCCAUCAAGGAUUGAGUUUGUUGAGUUCUUUAGGUGACUAGAGCUAAUUAAAAUGGUUCAACUCAUGUUUACACAUGUGAUUCUCUGUUGAAAUUUUAUUCCUGUAAAUUGUCAAUUUUAAUAUAUUGUAGGAUCUUGAUAUCUUUAUACAAAUAUAGAAAGCUGCAUUUUUUUCUAUUAUUUGUGGCAUUCAAGUUCGUCUAGAAAGCCAUUCAAUUACUUGUAGUAUGAGUGAUACAAUGUUUUCCUGUGCUUUCAUUUAAGUGUAGCCGUGUAGAUAAAUAUGUGACAGCUGAAUGUUGUUCUGGAAGAUCGUAUAGUUGUGUCUGCUUACUAUAUCUUGUGUUGUGUUAAGUAGUGUUCACAAUAUUGAUUGAGCAGUAUCUUCUCUGAGCAGUAUUUUUUGUGAUGGUUCAUAUUUGAUUCUUAGAGAACCUCAUUGUUGUACCCACGAUCUGUCAUCUCGGGCAAUAGGCAAAGGGCCUAGGCCAGGCGCAUCUAAUGGACCAAGAGCGUAUUACUGAUUGGCCCAUCAGGCCCAGAGAAAGGAAGAGAGCGCGGAGAUGCUUCGUGUUGGUCAGCUCGCAGCUCGGGCUUGGUCAAAGAUUCCCGCAUUCAAGAGGAUUAAUUAGGAUACGCAAAUCGUGCCCUAUUAAUUAUGCAUUAAUUAGGUAAUAAAUUGGUCAGUAUAAAUAUGUAAGGGGGGAGAUAUUCAAACACUCUCAAUUCAGUUCGGAACCUCCAACGGCGAUAAGCUCCUCCGUAUUCAAAAUCACUUCGGAAAGAGAGAAUUGAUCUCGGUUCUCACAUUUGGCGCUAGAAGGAGGGGGAGAAAUCGUCUGACUCUUAUUAGUUUCGACUUCAUAUAUAAAUCCACUACACACAACCACCGCUGUGACAACCGACUCUCCCAAUCAGGCAUCCCUGGAGGUGAUCCAGAAGCUCUUGCAGGACUUGUCUGAGAAGUCCGAUCGUCAGCAAGCCGCUUCCGCCGCUCUUACCGAACGUUUUGACAGCUUGGAGGGUCAGGUCUCCACCCGUUUGGAGGAAGUCACGACGUCCGUAGCUGACCUCUAAGCCUCCCACCGCGCGUACGCCGAUCGGGUUGAUUUCCUGUCCUCCGACCAAAACCCACAUCGACGUGCUUUGGAUUUUCCAGUGUUACUCCACCUUCCACCUCCCAAGUGGCAGCAACAAAUGUCACUCCGGGAGAUUCAUUCCCACCUCAAAUCAAUACGCAAACAGCGCCACUGCUGGUUGGCAAUGGCCACACUCCGGUUCAGCCCGGUGUCGCCAAAUCUUCCGAGGUCCCAGUCCGUCUUCCUCUCCCUGUGGAUGGAAACACUUCGACUCCGGGGUAUGUUACCAAUCCCGAGAUCUUCCGCAUGCAGAGCGAAAUCCGGGACAUGCGGUCCGUGAUGCACAGUGCAACCACUUCAGCUCCGGAUAUCUUUCGCGUGAUCGAGGAGUCGACGCGAACUCGUUUUUCCGAUCAAAUAUCCCGAGUCCGCAUCAAAGCUACUGGCAAAAUUAAGUUCUCGAGCUACGAAGGAAAAGGAGAUCCGACCAAUCAUCUCAAGACCUUCUUGUUGACAGCUAGCCGGGUGGACCUCGAGCCUCACGAAGCAGACGCUGGGUAUUGCAAGCUGUUUGCAGAAACGUUUUGUAGACCGGUACUACUUUGGUUCGCGUCUUUAGCAGCCGGCUCCAUAACAAACUUCACCGAGCUGUCAACCUUGUUUGUCAAGCAGUAUUCUAGCUUAAUCAAAACCGCGGUGACAGAUGCUCAGCUUUGGAACUUAAGCCAAAAGGCUGGAGAGUCUCUCCGGUCUUACAUAACAAAGUUCAAGGAGAUCCAGGUCAAUAUUCCAGGACUCUCGGACUCCACAGCUCUGGCCGCGCUUAAGAACGGCCUCUGGCACGAAUCUCGCUUCCGCGAAGAGUUGUCCGUGAAUCGGUUCCCAACCAUUCAGGACGCGUUACACCGGGCAUCGAACAGGAUAGUCGCAGAGGAAGACAAAAUCGCCGCUGCACAAAAACAAAACGCUCCGCCUACAGGAAAACCACGGUUCGAAGCGCCCGCCAAAAAGACUCCGCCUACGACUCCGAAGUCUGGUCCGAGCACGUUCGCAGUCACUCAAUCUCCUAAAAAGAAUUCUCCAAAGAGUUCACCGUCCAAACCUCCAUUUUCACCGCGCUCCAAGUAACAAGUGGGUCCGAGAUGAGGACACGUACUGCGAGCUCCAUAAAACCAACAGUCAUUCCACUCGUGACUGCAAGAAGCUGAUGCACCUCCUCGCAGAAAAAUAUGUGGCGGGAGAAAUGCCAAAUGUAACGAUCGAGGAGUUGGAGCAGAAAGCGACUCCCGAGAUGGACGAAGAUGCUCCACCUCCGAAAAAACCGAAGCAAUCUGACGGCAAUGCAGCCCCCAAGAAAAGAAUAGACGUGAUAAUGGGAGGAUUGCGACUCUUUCGAAACUCCAUCACUGCGAUCAAAGACCAUCAGCGAAAGCUCACCAGCCCUCAGCCGAAGCGAGCUUACUUCAAUGGGUCAAAGAAGAUGUUAAAUUUCCAGAUGGGUAUGUAGCUGAUUUAGCUAGUUGUGCAGACAUCAAGGAUGGAAAGUUUUCAGGAAUGAAAAGUCAUGAUUGCCAUGUCUUUAUAGAACGAUUGCUUCCAUUUGUGUUUGCAGAGUUGUUACCACGUGACGUCCAUCUUGCAAU